AUGUACACAAAUUUUCCCACGACACCUCAACCUUCACCGGGUAUCGUAAAUUCGUUCGUGAACGACGUCUCUUGGCCAAAAACAAACGAUAACGACUUGGUCAAGUCUUCAACUCCUCAACAAAACCAAAAUCACCUUGAACUUUUUAAAAGGCACUAUGACAACAAAUCUGAUUCUGAUACAGACAGUGAAAGAAGUAGCAACGGUUCGACAAGUCCUUCGCCAAUCGACUCUACGUCACACAAUACAAUAACCAAUAACCAUACUACUGACGAUACUACAAAAGCUGCGCCCUCAAUGUCGUCUCCAUCCUCUCCACUAAAAAAACACGCAACGAUCGUGAACAAAGGUGAAUUCGAAUCAGAACGACAUUUUUACCCACGUGUCCUAAACGCUACAAUACAUCCGCUGGUUGCAAGUUUUUUACAACUGGGCAACGAACGUAUCAUUGCGCGUUAUACACAUCUAAAUCCUCAAAUUAAGGUUCAGAAGCUCGUCGAAUGUUUAAGCUACCAACCAAAACACUUUCGCUGGGCCGGUUCGGAUCUUUUCAAUGUCACCACAGCGUCGGGACAACGCCAGAUGAUCAUCGUUGAGACGAAUUCAUGCCCAUCAGGACAGAAAUCAAUGCCGUUGUUAUCGGAAACUGAAGAGUUUGGUGGGUAUCGAGUUGUUCUUGAAUCAGCGUUCCAGGAAACACUGGAGAAGGCUGAUCCAUCAUUGGGUGACUUGGCGGUCAUUUGCGAUAAAAAUUAUAUGGAGGCAUCCGGGUAUGCGGCUGUUUUGGCGGAAAUUUCGAGGGAAAAAGUUUGGUAUGUCGAGUAUCAUAUUAAUGAUGAUGAUCCACCGGUGAAGUGGGUUGAUCGUGUGUUGUAUAUCAGGGAUGCUAAUGGAGAAUGGCAUUCAAUUCGUGCUUGUUUCCGAUACGUUACACAAAAGCCAUGGAGUCGAAUUCCUCUCAACACACGCACACUUGUGAUGAAUCAAAUAAUCUCAUGUCUAGCUGGCGGUCGAAAUAAAAUGCUUGCCGCGCGAGCCUAUGAAUUCUAUAACGCAGAAUUAUCAGAUUCCGGGCUAGCUGUUCGAAUGCCAGAAACGAUUAACAAUGUCACAAAGAGCGAGAUUCCUUUAUGGUUACAUAGUAUGGGUGGUCAUGCUGUACUAAAAGAACCUUAUAGUAACGCAGGUCAAGGUGUAUAUACAAUUACAACGCCUCAAGAACUACAACAUUUUCUAGACCAAGAUCACCAUUACGACAAAUUCAUUGUACAAUCACUAGUUGGCAAUGCAUCAUGGUCGUCAAUGACAAGAGCCGGUAGAUUUUAUCAUGUUGGUACCAUUCCAAACAGACGUAACCACACCUAUGUCACGGAUUUGCGUAUGAUGGUCACCGCUAAUAAGGACGGUUUUCGUCCAGUAUGUCUUUAUUCACGGAGGGCACGAAAACCAUUGUUGGGUAAUUUACAAGAUGACCCGUCGAGGACAUCCUGGGAAAUGCUCGGCACAAACCUCUCAGUGAAAGGACCAGACGGUAGAUGGUCAUCAGAACCGGAACGUCUAUUACUAAUGGAUCGCAAAGACUUCAAUCAACUUGGCCUCGGCGUCGACGAUUUGAUCGAUGCGUAUGUGCAGACGUGUCUCUCGGUGAUUGCUAUCGAUAAAAUGUGUAUGCGGUUGAUGCCCGAAGAGG